AUGAGUGAACCAGCAGGUGAAGUCAGGGACCUGGUGCUGACCUCUGAUUUCUUCCUGCCAGCCCCCUUCUGCCUGCUGACCCUGCUGCUGCCACCUCUCAGUUUGGGAGCCCCCAUGUCCACAGCUGAGUCUAUCACCCAAGCCUAUAAACUGGCGCUCAACAUGCAGUUGCAGACUUCAGCCCUGCUGCAGACUUACCUCGAGCACCAAGGCCGUCCGUUUAGUCGUCCCGGCUUCUCAAUCCCCGGACUCUCACUCAGAACCCUGCCUUCAACCGACAUGCCCUUGGAGAAAUGGAAUGGCCUGGAAGAUGGAGUACGUCUGAGCCUCACCCAGCAGGCCUUUUGGUCCUUCAGCCAGCACCUCCUGCUUGCGGUGCGUGACCAGAAUGACAUAAGCCCUUUGAAUGACAAUUCCAUCGUGGUGGAUCAGCUUUGGGAAGCAAGACUCAAGGCCAAAGGCCUAGCAAUCAAGUUGGUUAGCAUCAUGACUGCCCUGGGCCUGCCCACACCCCCAGCAAACCCCCUCGGUACUGUCCCCUUCGGGGACUCGGCCUUCCAUAAGAAGUGUCGAGGGUAUGUAAUAAUCCGGGACUACAGCUUUUGGACAGACCGAGCUGUGACUUUCUUGGGUGAGCUCAAGGCCAAAUACUCUGAAUAG